CGUAGUGCAUCCAGAUGAAUAAAGAUCGAACAGUAGUAGAAGCUACUUUUGCUAGCAAAAAAGGGGGAGUCAUUCGCCGGUAAAUUGUUGAAAAAUAUUUUUUGUUACUUGCAAUAUGUCUUAAGUACAGAAUAUAAAAUCUCCAUGGUAUAUAUAUUUUUUUAUUUUUCUAUCUAUUUAAAAUACAAUUAUUGGCUUUAGGUAGAGUUUUGCUUUUGAUACAUUUUAGCUUCGAAGGCUUAUCGUGAGCUCCAAACUUGUGUUGGCUUUUCACUGCCCCACUUCAUUACCAUGGAUGAAGAGUGUGUGUCUCUCCUGCCGCGGGUUUGUGACGUGCUGGCGGCCUCGGGGAGCUCCUUGCCCGAUGAUACAAGCCUGGAAAAACUGCUGGACUGGUUCUCAGCAGUCACCAAAUCAGGUGUGUCUCUACUGGAGGUCAGUCCAUGUCUGCUGGGCUUCAUAUCAAGUGUAGUUUCCAGCAGAGCUUCAGAGUCCUCCAUCAUCUCCUUUGCUCUCAAACUCAUUGGUUUAGUGGCUGCUGCUGAGGAUGGCUUCAGAGCUCUCCAGGAGACCUCUGUCCUAGACCUCGCCUUUGACCCUCAGCACUGGCGAGAAGAAGGACUCUGGGAGGAUCCUUGUAUCCGCAUUGGCUGGAUACACGGCUUCAGCACAAUGCUGCAGCACAGGCAGGCUUUCAGUUUCUUUGUUCGAGCAGACUCCAUCAAACCCCUCCUUCAGCUCCAGACAGACACAAGUUUAUUUGUGGCUUCAGCAGCCAGUCAGAUGCUCACUCAAGUCCUGAUGUUCUGCCACCCUCUUUCAUCUGGCUUCAAUGAAACAGAAGUGGACAAUAAGAGUUCAAGCUCCUCCAUCACAGGCUUAAAGUGUCCAAACGCCACUGAAAGCGACCAUGAAAGUGCUGCUGUUGUCACAGAAAUCUUAGAGUUCCUGAAGCGACGGAUGCUGCCCAAAGAACCGUCACAGCUUCAUCAGAGUCAGCAGAUCCUGAAGCUGCUAGCCUCGAUUCUGAGCCAGGCCGGACCUUCUCUUCAGAACAAACUACUGCUCACUGUCGGGGAAUCUUUGGAGGAACUGGUGGCCUCAAACUACAGCCAGCUCACUCGUCCACUUAUGGAUGUCAUUCUAGCUGGAUACAGCUCCGUUGGCGGCGAUGUGAAGGUCCCUGAUCCAAUCCUCUCUCGUCUUCUGUCAGUCAUGCUGAACCAGAGAGAGCCACCUGACCUCAUCCACGCUGCAGCUGCUUUUCUCUGUAGUGGCCAUGACAACCGCAUUCACAUGGAGCAGUCUGCAGGUAUUCUCCUGCUUCCUGUGGACAUUAUCACCAGUCUUACUUUAUUGGAGGGAAACUUCACAGUGAAGGAGCAUCAGCUAUCGAUGAUGGAGCAGCUUAAAAAUAAAACCUCCUGCGUUUCCAUGAUUUGCAUCAGCCUAAAAUACAUUCCAAAGAUCACACUCAUGGCUCCCGAUUGCCGGCCCUGUCCUCCUGCUUCAGUCGUGGGUGCAGUGUUGUCGUUGCUGAGGCUGUGUAGUGGACUUUCUCCUCCCUCUGUGGCUGGCUGUGUUACAGUGUUUAGAAAUGUGACUGGGAGUGGUAAAGUUCAGAAAUGUGCCCUGGAGGCUCUGUCAGCUCUCAGCAGCAGCCCAGAAGUGAAAGUCAUGCUGGUUGAGGUUUUCACCCUCCUGAUAGAGUACCUGAACCAUCCUGACUCUGACCCCACUGUGCUGCAGAAGUCUUACCAGGCUUUGCUAAAGUGGAUUGGUGUUUGCUCAAAUCUAUCCUCCAUAACAAACCAGCUCAAACAAGAUCUUACUCAGGUGGUGAGGAAGCGUGUGUGCGACAUGCGUUGGGAGGUGAGGGACUCCACCGUGGAGUUUCUGGGCCACUUGGCUGGGCUGCCCGCCUGCAGCACAGAAGACGGUGGAGUGUGCGACAUCUCCCAGUAUGUGCUGGGAGGCUGCUGUUUUACAACUCCUCUCCUCAUGGAGGCGCUACACGACCCUGAGAGCUACGUGAGGGCCAGCGCCAUUUCUGCUCUGGCUCAGGCUAUGAGGAAUAGCUGGCGACAGGGGGCGGUGCCCACAAAGGAGCAGGCUGAAAUAGUGACCCAGCUGCUGGAAAUACUCUCACAAGACACAGAGGGGUUUGCCAGGAGAGCCGUCCUGCAGUUCUUCAUCACCUGGUUCUCCUCAUAUCCCUCAUGCACCUCCUCCCCUCUCCUCAUGCAGUCUGUGCGCUCCGUCCUCUUGCAGGGCUGCGCCGACCUGGACUGGGAGGUCAAAGUUCACACACUUGAUCUGGCUGAGCUGCUAAUGGACCAAGCCUUUUUAGGUCAACAUGGUUACACAAAGGGAUUAGAAAGUCAUCCUGCACAGCCGCACCCUUAUGCUGUGACAGCUAAACAAGCUUACACACUCCACACUCACUCUGGGACACACACACUGAGCUCAGAUUUGGACGGUUUGGUCAAGCAGGGACUCCUGUCGGUGUUGUUGAGCGGUUUGUUUGACUGUGACAGACCCGUCGGUCUGAAGGCAUGCCGACUACUGAUCCGACUCAAAGAUGCUCUGCUCCUGAGGCCUCAGGAUACAACUGAUGCUGGGAAAACAGAUCCAGGUCUGAACUGUGAGUUGCUGAGUCAGGGCUGGGCGCACGAGAUCAGAAAUGUACUGGGAAUGGAAGAUCGGACCAGCGGUACAGAUGCUCACACCGUUACCAUCAACGUGUGCGAUCUGGUGAAGUGUCUGGAUCUAGAAGAGAGGCUGGACGUCCUGACUCGAAGCAGUGAUCAUUUUUACAACUCCCCCCGCUCUCUGCUGCAGGACAUUUUGACUGCAGGCUCUGCUCACGCUCAGCAGGACUCACAGCUGAAGGAAGAGGUGAUAGUGGACUGCUACUGAGACCUUGACCCACAUAGAUUUUUGAAAACAGACAUUUUGUAACAAUCAACAAGAAAUUUAAUUUUUCACUUUUUUUAAAUUUUGAUAAAUAAACUUGUAGUUAAAUGUAA